UGUUUUGUGUUAUUUAGCUAAAAGGAGCGACCAAGAAGUAAAGGAUGAAGAGAUGGAGUUGUUCACAAAAUACUACCUGGAAUGGAAAGGAGGAAGAAAAAGUGCCAGUACCUCUUAUGUGAACAUACCACGAUUUUAUUACAGGACUUUUUCACUUUUUAUCAUAUUGCAAUUCUUCACAGCUAAAAUUUUUGCUAAAUUACUUCAUAAUGAUCCCUAUGGAAGAAUAUCUAUCAUGCAGUUUUUCAAUUAUGUAAUGAGAAAAGUAUGGCUGUACCAGACAAGAAUAGGUCUCAGUUUAUAUGAUGUGGCUGGACAAGGUUACCUCAGAGAAUCAGAUUUAGAAAAUUAUAUAUUGGAACUCAUUCCUACUUUGCCACAGUUGGAUGGUUUAGAAAAAUCCUUUUAUUCAUUUUAUGUAUGCACUGCUGUCAGAAAAUUUUUCUUCUUUUUAGAUCCUCUUAGAACUGGGAAAAUAAAAAUACAGGAUAUUUUAGCCUGCAGCUUCCUAGAUGACUUAUUAGAGUUACGUGAUGAAGAACUUUCUAAAGAAAGUCAAGAAACAAAUUGGUUUUCUGCUCCUUCUGCUUUGAGGGUUUAUGGCCAAUACUUGAAUCUUGACAAAGAUCACAACGGCAUGCUUAGCAAAGAAGAAUUGUCUCGAUAUGGAACAGGGACAUUAACCAACAUCUUUUUGGAUCGGGUCUUCCAGGAGUGUCUGACCUAUGAUGGAGAAAUGGACUAUAAGACGUACUUGGACUUUGUACUUGCAUUAGAAAACAGAAAGGAACCUGCAGCUUUGCAGUAUAUUUUCAAAUUGCUUGAUAUAGAGAACAAAGGAUACCUGAAUGUCUUUUCCCUUAAUUAUUUUUUUAGGGCUAUUCAAGAACAAAUGAAAAUCCAUGGACAAGAUCCAGUUUCUUUUCAAGAUGUGAAGGAUGAAAUCUUUGAUAUGGUAAAACCUAAGGAUCCUUACAAGAUUUCACUUCAAGAUUUAAUCAAUAGUAGUCAAGGAGACACAGUCACCAGUAUUUUAAUUGAUCUUAAUGGCUUUUGGACUUAUGAAAACAGAGAAGUUCUUGUGGCCAGUGAUAAUGACAGUACAACAGAUCUUCUUGAUACAUGAUUUAACAGUAAUAGAUUGUGUUAUUGGAGAUAUGCCCAAGUGAUACAGUGACUGCUUGAGGCUGAAUAGCAAAUUCACUGCACAUUUCACUGAAGAGUCCAUCUAACUCCAGAUGGACAUCUUUUUUUAAAAAAAAUGAAAUGAACCUCACUUGAAUUUUAAAAAAAAAAUGCUUACUAAGACCUCUUAUUAAAUGUUAAAAAGAGCUGUUGGUAAAUUAUUGUUUAUUUAAAUCAUUUCUGAACCUAUAGUAGCAAGCCAUACUGCAUUUAAUCAAGUUAUAUCUUUUAGAAAAUUUCUAAAAUAGUUCAGUUUGGACUGUUGAAUGAUCUUUGUUAAAACAAAAUCCAAAAUCUGUGUGUAAUUAGAAACGUUCAACCUAAUUCUGGAAAUUAACAAGUAAAUAGUACCUCUCAGCUGGCCAUAUUGAUAAAAUCAAAUAACACUGUCAUUUCCAUAGAAGACUAAUAUAUUAAGCAGCUAUGUGUAUAAGUCAGUCUCCCCCAACCAGUUGUCAUUCAGAAGCGUUGAACUUAGUUGUAGCAAUAUGGCUCUUUAUCUCUUUAGAUCCCAUGUUAACGAAUGUUGGUAUAAAAUUCCAAAGUUACAAAUCAUGGUAAGUUAAAAUGCUUGAUAAUAAUCAGGUAUAUAUUGUCAUUUUACCUGUAUUGGGUGCAGUUUUUUAAACUCGGUUUUGAGCUUAUUACAUUCUAACUAAAAUUUGGUUUCCCUAAGCUUUAAGGAUGAGUGACACAAUAAAUCUAAGACUGGGUAAAGCACUGUUAUGAAAUGUAAAAUGAUGGUGCAUAAAUAAGCUAGGAGAAUGAGUAUAGCAUGUUUUACAAACACACUGGAAGCCUUGAGUAUCUAAAUAUG